AUGUUAUGCCGAUUGCAACCACUAAGCGUCCCCGUCUUGAGGGUCUCUAGGAGGCUCGCGCCAGUCGUGAUUGCCGCCAGGAUAGAACAGUCACAUGCACAGUUGGGGGUUAUCCGAUUCUCCUCUGCGAGUGAUGCCGCUGAUGAUCCGAAAGAGGAACGGCGGAGGCGGAUGACGGGUACAAGGACGCGAGAAGAGAUGGCGGAGAGCGCUCGGAGAUAUACCGAGAAUACGGGAAUAGAUCUCGAGUUGGACGAUGACGAGGAUGAUCUAAGUGGCAAAACAUUCACCAGUGAGAAUACCGACGCGUUGGCGGAGAUUUGCUUCCGCAGUAAGAACGUCUCGGAAAGACAACAAUCAUGUAUGCUAGCAUUGGAUCCAUAG